UCUGUAUUUGGUGAGCGCAUUGGCAGUCUGACUUUUGUGUUGCUAUGUAGUAUCAAAGAGGCUACGACAACUCAGAUCUAGUGGAUCACUGAUGUCACACAGGACAACCAGCAAACUUAACAAAAUGCUGUUGACGCUGAAGAAAUAAAUAGACAAGAUAAUCAAAGCAACGUGCAGUGAACUCCCAUUUGCAGGCGACAAGGAAAAGCGCAGGCGGUGUACACAAAGUAUCUCACUGGACCUGGAACGCCGUUGCAACCUCGAUUACUAGAGGAAAGGCUACCAGAUUGGCAAUUAUGGCAACGUUGUAGCGGGUUUUUUUUUUUUUUUUUAAACAACCCUAAAUAUGGGGAUGGCGGAGAACACAAACUAAGGACAGAAAGUCGCUUAUUUACUCCUCGGUAACAUCUGAUUUUAAACUUUUUAGGAGAUGAGUUCACAAGCAACAAGUACAGGAGCGGAAUCGUACAGAAGAGAGUCGUCGCUGUCAGAGAAAAAUGAGAACAGCACUACCAACAGACCUGUUAGCAGCAGCUCUAAAAAGAACUCUACAGCCGCUGAUAAGGACCUGCUAGAAGAGGAGCCGAAGUCGAGGGGUCUUGAUAUCACCGGGGUGUUGCUUCAAUUUGUCAAAAUCUUUGUGAUCAUUUUCCCCGUCUACGUCUUGGGGUAUUUUGGUUUGAGCUUCAGCUGGGUUUUGAUCGGGCUGGUGGUGUUUUUCUGGUGGAGGAGAAAUCGUGGAAAUAAAAACUCCCGUCUGUACAGAGCUUUAGCAUUCUUGGAUCAUGAAGAAAACAGCGUUUGUCGGAGUGUCCACUCUACGGAUCUACCGCCGUGGGUGCACUUUCCUGAUGUGGAACGAGUGGAAUGGCUAAACAAGACAGUGAAGCACAUGUGGCCGUAUAUAUGUCAGUUUAUCGACAAGCUGUUCCAUGAGACGAUCGAACCAGCCGUCAAAGGAGCACACAGUCACCUCAGUACCUUCAGCUUCACAAAGAUCGAUAUGGGUGACAAGCCCCUGAGAAUAAAUGGAGUGAAAGUGUACACUGAGAACGUGGACACAAGACAGAUUAUCCUGGACCUGCAAAUAAGGUAAAUAACAACCACGUGCAUCGAUGUUGAGAUCAAAAAAUACUUUUGCAGAGCUGGAGUGAAGAGCAUACAGCUUAGUGGCACAUUGCGGGUCAUUUUGGAGCCCCUGAUUGGAGACAUGCCGAUUAUUGGAGCCAUUUCCCUUUUCUUUCUUAGGAAACCUCUGAUGGAUAUCAACUGGACUGGCAUUACGAAUAUACUGGACAUCCCAGGCUUAAAUGGCCUGUCAGACACAGUCAUUUCAGAUAUUAUCUGUAACUAUCUGGUCCUUCCUAACCGGAUUACAGUUCCUCUGGUGGGCGAUGUUCAACUUGCUCAACUGCGCUUCCCCAUGCCAAAGGGGGUCCUACGAAUACAUUUCCUCGAAGCACAAGACCUGAUCGGGAAGGACACUUUUUUGAAGGGGGUGAUCAAAGGGAAGUCGGAUCCAUAUGCUGUGAUACAGGUCGGCCGCCACCUCUUCCAGACCAAGACCAUCAAAGAAAACCUGAACCCCAAGUGGAACGAAGUCUUCGAGGCAUUGGUGUAUGAGAACCCAGGGCAACAACUCGAGGUUGAACUGUUUGACGAAGAUCCUGACAAAGAUGAUUUCCUGGGAAGCCUGAUGAUUGACCUAGCUGAAGUUUACAAGGAGCAGAGCGUUGACGAGUGGUUUGUUUUGGACGAAGUGGCGACUGGAAAGUUACACUUGAAGCUGGAAUGGCUGACAUUGCUGCCGACUCCUGAGAAGCUGGAUCAGGUCCUUGCAAGUAUUAACGCUGAUAAAGGUCAAGCCAACGAUGGGCUUUCAUCUUCACUGCUCAUCAUUUAUCUCGAUUCUGCCAAAAACCUACCAAGUGUCUUCGAAGGGAGCUUUGGGUGUGGAUACUUAUCAGAGAGGAGAGCUUCUGGCCUAGUCUUUUGUGAAAACACUGCUUCGCUGUAUAGAGCGAUAUUUUCAGGGAAGAAGGUAAGCAGCGAUCCGAAUCCAUUUGUUCAGCUGUCUGUUGGCCAUACUACAUAUGAAAGCAAGGUUCGGUACAAGACCAGUGAGCCUGUGUGGGAGGAAGCAUUCACGUUCCUUAUUCACAACCCAAAGAGGCAGGAACUUGAUAUUGAGAUCAAAGAUGAGAAACACGACUGCUCUUUGGGGACUGUAAACCUGCCUCUUGGUAAUCUGAUGGAAGCUGAAGAAAUGACCCUGACCCAGCGUUUCCCCAUCAAGAGCUCUGGGCCGAACAGCACCAUCAAGCUGAAGCUUGCGCUCAGAAUACUUUCCCUUGAGAGUCAACAGAAGUCAGGACAACCAUCUCUGGUCCAGGUAAAGAAGUCUCCCAAUUUCACCAAGGAUGGCAAGAAGGCUCAGCCCACUGUGUCUGGGAAGACGGACUCCAACCUACCUGCCACGGCGUCCGCCUCCAGCGUGGAUAUCAGUAGAAAGCCAGAAUCCUACGAGAACCCAGGGGCUUCUUCAUCUUCCCCCCAGCGGCUGGUGGAUCUCAACAAAAGCAGCUCCAAUCUGAACAUCGCAAGUUACCCUGGCUCUCCCACCCACCUCUCUGCAAAGGAGGCGACUCCCAGCAUCGCCUCAGACAUCUCCCACCCAUACGCCACCCAGGAGCUGCGUCAGAGACUGCGUCACCUGCAGAACGGAACAGCUCCUCCUCACAUGCCGUUGGGUCAAGUCCAGUUGACAGUCAGGCACAGUUCCCAAAGGAAUAGACUGAUUGUGGUUGUACAUGCUUGUCGUAACCUCAUAGCCUUUAGCGAGGCCAGCUCAGACCCCUACGUUCGAAUGUACCUGCUGCCUGAUAAGCGGAGGUCUGGAAGGAGGAAAACGUCUGUGGUGAAGAAGACACUAAACCCAGUGUAUGAUGAGACGUUUGACUUCAACGUUUCACUGAUAGAAGUGCACAGAAGAACCCUGGAUGUAGCUGUGAAGAACAGCGGGGGCUUCCUGUCAAAAGACAAGGGACUUCUGGGAAAGGCGCUCAUAGAUUUGACAUCUGAAGAUAUAAACAAAGGCUGGACUCAGUGGUAUGACCUAACAGAAGAUGGUACCCAGCAGUCAGUGCAAGCCUAGACUAAAUGCCAGGACAGUACCGCAGCACACUUCUACCAAGCUUUCAUCAGCAGCUAUAUUAUCAUCACAAAAUGUACCCGCAUUAUUUUUUUUACAGCUUUUUAUUUUAGCCAAAUGGGAACAUCCUUUUUGUUUUUUAUUAUUGUAAAUUGCUUUUGUCACUUUUUCAAUUGUUUAUUACCCAUUUUAAUGCUAAUUUCCCCUUUUUAAUUAGUUAUUUUGUGCAAUCAAACAUAAAGGAAGCGUGCGGUGUGUUUAAAAAAAAAAAAAAGAAGUGUCAAAAGAAAUACUGUGCUCACAAUGUGUUUUGCUGAAUCUGCUCCAGUUUGCUCCCUGCCUUGUUCUGUAUGUGGGUGAUGUACAGCAUGUUAAUAUGCACCAUGAUGUAAAACGGAUUUGGAGAAGGCAGGCGGUGCAAGCGGUGGAUUAUUUGUUUUUUCUUAGUUAUUUAAAAGGAAGGUUAAUCCACUUUUACAGAUGCUUUGCAGACAAAGUCAUGUAUUGUCAGGUUCUAUCGCUGCAGGUCGUUUUUUUAAAUUAUUUUUUUGUUUUCUUAUGUAAAAAUGUAAAAAAAAAAAAAAAAAAAAACCAACUGCCAAAGAGACAAUUGUUUCGUUUUUGGUCCACUUGGGUUUUAAAGCCAAAAAUGUAUACAAAGAAUUGCACAUACAGUGUUUCUCUUGAUAUUUUAUUAUGCUAUACUUUAUUAAAGCCUCAGCAUUUUACCUGAAUGUCAGAAAGCUUUACAAUAAAGAAAAUGUUGUAGUGACAAGUGAUAAUGUACCACAUACUAUAUAGCCUGGCAAGCUUUUAUACCUAAUACAUUGUAGCAUUCACUUUUCUUAAAAGAAUAUUAACUCUGAAAAAAUCUGCCUGGUUGUGCAGAACUAUUUAAAGCCAUCUUUUUAUUUUUUAGAAGGGAAGUUAUAUUGGGAACAGUUGGAUGAAGCUCAGAGAUUUUAUUGCAUGUCACAGCCAGGUACAUAUUUAUGAAUGUAUACAAAGUAUUUACUUUACAUUUACAGCUUAAUAGUCACAGUUGUAAUUUGGUUAAGGUUUUUUUUUACUGUGUUUUACACUAAAUGAAGGGAAAUAAUGAAGAUUAUUGAUUGGAGUGGUUCUAAAUGUAAACGUGACUGCAAAUGUAAACGUGACUCUUCAGAGCUUUCUUUUCCCGUUUUGCUAACAAUUUCACAUGUUUAUAGCAUCAUGCAAAUUCAACAGAUGCAACAGUACAUGUGUGGGCCAUGAAAUGAAUAAUGUCUCUGAAGGAGCACUGCAGAGAUUUCCAAUGGAAGCUAAAUGCCUUCUCCAUGUACUUAAUUUAUCUUGUGCCUUAAAAACACAAUGAGCGAAGAUGUAAGAGUAAAAGUAUUAUACCUGUUGACAUAAAGAAGCUUUUCAUGUU